CAAAGUCUGGCCUCUGUGGGCCCAUACGCGUUACAGCCACAACCACACGGCUAUCUUCUUCGUCUUCGUAUACAAAGAACACAAUAAUCAAUUUCAAGAAAGCUUCAAUUCAAUCUCUUUAAUGGCGAUUCACAGAAACCUUUGUUUCUUUUCCUACAUCACCUUCUCUCUCCUCUACUUCACACUCGUCGCUUCCUUCUCUCCCACAGACCAUUACCUCAUAAACUGUGGGUCCACCGAUCCCACCACCGUUGACAUCGACAACCGCCGAUUCACCGGCGAUUUAUCCGAGUCAGGAUCUCAAUUUCUCUCUGCAACUCGAACGAUUUCGGUCAUUGACUCAAGCCCAGUUUCGAACUUGUCCCCAAUUUACCACACUGCAAGAAUUUUCACAAGACCAUCGAAGUAUUCAUUCAAGAUUAGAGACAAAGGGACCCACUUGGUACGUUUUCAUUUUCACGGAUUCAAUUCGUCGAAAUUCAAUCUUUUGGAUGUUCAGUUGCAUGUUUUAGCUAAUGGGUAUGUGUUAUUGCACGAUUUUAGUAUUGAGAGCGCAGGAAGUUCCAUAAUUAAGGACUACAUGAUAUGGGUUGAUACUGAAAUUCUUGAGAUUACAUUUAUGCCAUCGAAAAAAUCGAAACGUGUUUUAAUUAAUGCAAUAGAAGUGAUUUCUGCGCCGAAAGAUUUGAUUGCCGAUGUGGGUCAGUAUGUUAGUUGUGAGAAAAAUGAGAGAGUUGGUGGGUUGAUGAGAAAUGCUUUUGAAACUGUGCAUAGGGUUAAUAUGGGAGGUUCAAAAGUGACCCCUUUCAAUGAUUCUUUAUGGAGGACUUGGGUUCCAGAUGAUCAGUUUUUGAAAUCGGGUGAUGGGUCAGAAGUAUUUUAUUUUGGUGGUCGGAUUAAGUAUCAAAAGGGUGGGGCAAGCCGUGAAGUUUGCCCUGAUAAUGUCUACAACACUGCCAGACUGAUUAGUAGUUCGAAGGAUUCGAUUCCUGACUUGAACAUUACUUGGGCGUUUCCUGUGGUUGAGGGAUAUAAGUAUUUGGUUAGGAUGCAUUUCUGUGACAUUGCAAGUGUUUCGCUUGGUAUGAUAUUUUUUAAUGUUUAUGUAAAUGGGAAUUUGGCAUAUGAAAAUUUGGAUCUCACGGCAAUGACGAAUGAACUGCUGGCAUCUCCUUUCUAUGCUGAUUUCGUGGUUGAUUGGGAGACUUCUGGGGUUUUGGCCAUAAGUGUGGGACCUUCGAAACUGAGCAGGCCAGAUGCCAUUGAUGCUAUCCUUAAUGGGAUUGAGAUAAUGAAAAUGAAUAAUUCCAUGGGCAGCCUUAAUGGGGCUGUCACAGAGGAAUCGGUUGUGACAAGCUGGCCAAAGGGAAAUAAUGGUGUUUUACUUUCUUUGAUUGCUGCAGUGUGCUUGUUGCUUACUGCGACUAUAAUUAUGCGAAGGAGAAGUAUUGGAUUUAAGGAUGUCGUGGCAUGGUCAGCAUUACCUGUGGAUAUUCCUGAUGUCAAUCUGAAGAGUAGCAAUAAAUUGCCAGCCAGUAAAGUGUGAUGCUUUAAAAAAAUCAAUGAGUCUUUUGUUGUACCAUAUACCUUGGGCAUUUUGUAUGAAACAUGCUGCAUAUCCGUUAGUAAUUUAACUGAAGAUUUUCGAUCGUCAAAGGAGCUCUUAUCAUGAAGGCCCAUGGCCUAGGUUGACGACCUCCAUUGCACUUAGGAGGGGCGCCCGCCUAAGGUCUACCCAAGUGGUGGAGCCUACGUCAUAAUUUGUGGUAGUGGGGGCCUGUGUUCGUGCGGCCCCUAAUGUGAAAAAAAAAAAUGUAUGUAGAGUGUUGUUUUCUUCAACUGUGAGUAGGCUAUACUUACCUACACAAAAGAACUACCUGUGCUUGUUGAUUCUAGUUGCUGAUUCCUGUUGCACUUGUCAUUUGUAAUAUUUUUAUGGUCUUCUGUAUGCAAUUGAAGUAGGCGGCAGAUGGUUCUUCUAUGGGUUGAAUAUUUGUAUGCAUUGUAGAAAAUGAAUGUUUAUUUUUACUUUUAUUCGCCUUGUCAUAUCUUUUUUUUCUUUAGUGCAUGUUUAAAUUUCACAGUUGUUAUUAAAUUAUUUGUAA